CUAAUUCCACCAUACCCCCCAGAUUGAUUAAUUUUAAUUAACCUCCCCUUCAAUAAAAUCCCCGUCGAUUAAUGUACGGCGGCUCCAGUAAACUCUCCGGCGGCCGCGGUCGUGGCAACGCCGUCGGUCCUAUUAAACGCAACAUACACUCCACCUUCCAACCGUCUUCCGUUCAACGUCCAUCCUCCGCCGCCGGUGGUGGUGGUCGUGGCGGUCACCGUAACCGUAGCAAUACCCCUGCCACUGCCCCUACCGUAACAGUCUCCUCCACAGCUGAUGAAAGUUUUAGCUUAGUUCGUAGUAAUCCUUUGAAUUUCGGUAUGAUUAUUAAGCUUUCUCCUGUUCUCGUUGAUGAAAUAAAGCGUCUCGAAUCGCAAGGCGGUUCCGCCAGGAUUAAAUUUGACUCUAGUGCUAAAAAUCUAUCUGGAAAUGUUAUUGAUGUUGGAGGUAAGGUGUUCAGGUUCACAUGGUCACAAGAAACAGGUGACUUAUGCGAUAUAUACGAGGAACGUCGGGGUGGUGAGAAUGGAGAUGGAUUACUUGUGGAAUCUGGAGGUGCUUGGCGGAAGGUGAAUGUGCAACGUGAAUUAGAUGACUCGGUUCAAAACCAUGUGAAAAUGCGGACAGUGGAAGCAGAACGCAAACACAAAUCACGCAAAGCCAUUGUUCUAGACCAUGGAAAUCCAUCCAUGAAGAAGGCCUUAGCUGCUGCUGAAGUAAAUAAUUCACGGAAAGGGUCAUCAUACAAACAAAAGAAAGAACCCCCUUUUAAAAAGAUGAAAGCUGAAUCUUCUUCAGCAGUAAUCCCUCCUAAAUCUGGUGGAAAAGGCGGGUUGUUCUCAUCAACUCCUUCCAAAGUCAAGGCUUCACCUUCACCAUUACCAUUAUUGUCUACGCCUGAUCAAUUCGGUGCCCCAUUGUCCCCACUUAGAAAUAGCAAGAAUAGUAAAUUACAUGCAAACAGAGAAGAUACUAUUUUGACUCAGUCUAGUAAAGAUCCUGGUAGCACAUCCGAGAAAGAAAUGCUUAGCAGAUUUCCUGCUGGUGGUGUACAAAAUAAACCAGGGAGCAAUGAAAGAUUGGGAAAUAAACCUACUGACUUGCAAGGUUUGCUAAUUUCUCUUUUAAUGGAGAAGCCGCAGGGGAUGAACAUCAAGGCUCUGGAGAAAGCUAUUGGAGAGACCGUUCCCAAAUCUGUGAAGCAAAUUGAGCCCGUCUUGAAAAAAAUUGCUGUUUUCCAGACUCCAGGAAGAUAUGUUUUGAAACCUGAUGUCGAUUUAGAAAGUUUUAAGAAAACUUUUUCUGAAAUUGGAAGUUCCCCGGAGAACAGUAAUUACUACAGAGAAGCACCUGCUGCUGAACCUAACGUUUCCUUGAAACCCAACGAUGUGAAAGAAUUUGAAGAACCAUCUCACCUAAUUUCUGAACCUCAUGAAGAAUUCAACACGUUAGAAAAGGUUGAUAUUGAUCAGAUUUCCCCAGGAGUAUUAAAAGAAAAAAUCCCUGACAAUAAUGAAGGGCCUGCAGCCAGUUCUAGUGGAAGUGACAGUGACAGUGAAAGUGACAGCAGCGACAGUGGAAGUGACAGCAGAAGUCCUGCUGGAAGUGGCAGUGGAAGUAGCAGUGAUAGUGAAAGCGAUGCUUCUGCUAACAGCAAAGAGGGGUCUGAUGAAGAUGUAGAUAUUAUGAGUGAUGAUGACAAACAGCCCAAUGAGAAGUUAUUACAGUCCAGUAUGGUUGAUGAAAAAGAUGAUGGACAUGGCUCUGAUCUGGCAGAGCUUGAGAAAGAUUUGUUUGGAGAUAACCAGGAAGCUGAUAUGCAUUUAACCAACUCAUACCCAGAUAGAGGUAUGAAUAGCUAUGCCGAUGAGACUGCAAAUCUCUUCAAUAAUCAUCUUGACUAUCAACAGAGUGAAGCUCAUGAUCAUUCUAGAAAAGUCGCAUCAGAAAAUUUGUUCAAAAGGGGAUCUGUUGAGACUCAUUUUGAUAUGAAUGAAGAUGCAAAAAGAUUAAAAUCAGACAACUGGCCUCAACCAGCAUUCUCUAGAUCUCCUGACGGGACCAGUGAUGGUCUUUUCAAGGGAAUUGCCAAUCAAUUGAAAGACAGAAAUGUUAGGGAUAUUUCUGAUUAUGAUAAUAAUAAAGUUGAGAAUCGUGAAUUCCAUAGAAACUAUGUUUCAGAUUCCCCAAGAUCAGGCCCAAUAUCAAUUGAUUUAAAUGCCCAUGCAAAUGCCCCUGCCGACUUUGACAACAUGUUUGGGUACUCUGAAAGGGAUUUACAAGGGUACGAUGACUUUAAUAUGCAAAGAGAUAGUAAAGCUAACAAAGAUACACGAGAUGAAGAUGGUCAUUACAAGGGUAGAAGACCUCCAAAGAGUUCUGGAGGAAAACAUUCAGGCUCUCGUCAAAAGAAACAUAACAGUAGUGUUGGGAAGUUUAAGGAAUCAGGAUUAGUAUCGAUAUCACAGAAUAAGGAUUUGCCCAUUGACUUGAAAAAGUCACCUGUAAUAAAUGGGCGUGGGCCUACACUUAGAAGAGAGCUCUCAGAUUUAGAAAUGGGUGAACUUCGUGAGAACUUACAUGAAGAAGCCUCUGGGGUUAAAAAGCGUUUUGAGAAAAAUAAUUCCUUUAAGCAGUCUGAGAAAUUAUCAAGUUCAGAUUACUGGAAUAUGGAUGAAAGUAAAGGAAAGUUUGUUGGAAGAGCAAGUCUAGAUCCUCCAAAGGCGUCUCCAUUUCAGUCUGGCAUUGGCAUGUCUGGCAUUCAGCAGAGCCUACCUAAAAAGGCUGCUCCUGAGAAUCAUGUUGAUGAUUAUACAAGGCUAAAUGGCAAGCCCAUUUCAAAAGUAGAUCAUCCCAAAGUGGGGUCACAGCAAAGUAGAGGAAGACAUCAUGAUGCUGGGGCAAAGCAGGGGAUUGGUUCGGAGGGGUACACGGACAGUCAAAGGAAAGUGUCAGUGGGUCCACCACAUAACCAUGAGAAACAAGUAGCUUCUCUUAUGACAAAAGAUAAGAAAAGGCACAAGUCUAAAGAUUUAAAAGAAAAAAGGAAAGAUUUCUGGCCAAUAGAUAAGAGAAAGGAAAUGGAGUCUUGUUCAAAUGAUAGUAUUGCUUCAUAUAUCAAAUAUGAGAAGGAGGAGCCAGAGUUGAAAGGACCGAUAAGAGAUCUCCCGCAGUACAAUGAAUAUGUGCAGGAGUAUCGUGAGAAGUAUGAUAUCUACCACGCUUUGAACAAGGUUUUAGAGUCUUACAGGAAUGAAUUUCAAACUUUUGGACGGGACCUCGAGCUUGCUAAAGGAACGGAUGAUGAUAGAUAUAACAAAGUACUGGAGCAGUUAAUGGAAUCCUAUCGCCAGUGUGGAAUGAAACAUAAACGGCUGAAGAAGAUAUUUGUUAUACUUCAUCAUGAACUACAGCAUUUGAAAGAGAUGAUUAGAGACUUUGCGGACAAACAAACGAAAGGAUGAUACCCAAAUAUGCCUUAACAGUUGAUGCUGAGCAGCAUAUGGUAACACAAAAACACAAAGUGAUAUAUGAAGACCAAACCUAAAAAGAUGGUUUUCAGCAGGUCAUUUGUUGUUUUUAACUUCAAUUGUAAUCUUUACGUUUGAACCCUUUGCUGCAGCGAUCAAUCAAGCUAAGCAAGUUCUUGGCUGUGAGUGGAAAGGGUGACCGAUGAAGUUAGUGACUCCUGGUUGAUGGUUUGGUAGGCAUAUUGGAGGAAAAGUUUUGGAUUAGUUCUGGCAGCGCUGGUAUAUACACAUUGUACAUGUACUUCCAUUUUUUAUUUUAUUAAUUUGUCAGAAAUGGUUUUGCUUUGGGUGUAAUAUUUUUAUAGUGCAUAGUAAUGUAGAGUUAAGGUUAUAAUUUCUAGCAUUAAGUUUAAUUGAACUUUCUGAUCCAAAACUGGAUCUCAGGAGCUCUUUGGAUUUGUACAGAAAACUAUUCAAAGACGUGUCUAGUGUUGGUUUUGAGCCUGAUUGUUAGCCAUUAGAUGCUUUCAAAUUUCGAUUUUGACUAUAGAACGAGGAAUGAAAUUUUAGUUUCACGA